AUGAAGUCGAAGGCCCGAAGUUACGUGUACUGGCCAUCCGUUGAUAAGGACAUAACGGAGCGCGUAAAGGGAUGCCAUGCUUGUGCGAUAGCGGCGAAGACUUCACCUCGCGAGAAACCUGUUCCCUGGCCAGCGACACAGAAACCUUGGGAACGUGUUCACAUCGAUUUCGCUGGGCCAAUCGAUGGUGAUUAUUUUCUGAUCGUGGUAGACACGUUUACCAAGUGGCCAGAGGUAAUACGAACGCGAAGUACCACAGCAGCAGCAACGAUCGCGAUACUGAGGACAAUCUUUGCGAGAUUUGGAUACCCGGAAACGGUGGUGAGCGAUAACGGGCCACAAUUUGUCAGCGCUAAGUUUUCGGAGUAUUGCAGUAGUCGUGGUAUACAGCACGUCACAACUGCGCCAUUCCAUCCGCAAUCGAAUGGGCAGGCGGAGUGCUUUGUUGACACCUUCAAGCGGUCGAUGAGGAAGAUCCAGGAAGGUGGUAUAACGCAGGACGAAGCGCUUGACGUUUUUCUGGCGAGCUACCGGUCAACCCCCAACGCUAUUUUACCGGACAUGCAGUCGCCAGCUGAAGCCAUGCUAGGUAGAAAAAUGCGAACAGCGUUGGAACUGCUGAAACCUCUACCUGCAGCACAAGCAGAACCGAUCAACUUGGGUAGACGAUUUCAGCGCGGUGACCUCGUCUACACCAAGUUCUAUGCGUGGAAUUCAUGGAAGUGGGUUCCGGCGCAAAUCAUACGAGAGUUGGGCAGCGUUAUGUUCGAGGUGCAUACGAACAAUCAACGGGUUCACAGGCGCCAUGUGAACCAGCUGCGACAACGGGAUUCGGCCGUGUUGAGCGGAGUUAUAACACAGUGGAAUAAAGGAGGAGCAGAAACUAAACAAUGA